GGGAGGGGGAACAUUAAUGGCCGUCAGCAGCACUUCAGAAUGCACACACUCCGGAUUAUCUUCAGUGUUUAGACCCGUGUAACUCCGGGUACGAGGCGGAAGCUUUUGUUUGGCAACGAGUAUCGUUUCGUAGACACAUUUAGAUCGGUUCUGAAGGAGAGAUGCUGUUUCCGCAGCACUAGACGGACUUUCCGCGCUGGUUUGUGCGUGAGUGGUCUCCAGGCCCGGCCGGCUGCAGUCUGGAGUUGGACGGGAAUAUGUAACAUACAGCUGCCAAGAUGACAUCGAGAUUUGGUAAAACAUACAAUCGCAAGGGAGGGGAGGCAAAUUCAAAGUUUGAAGAAGUCUUCUCCAAUAAAAGGCCAACUCUGUCCACCAAAUGGGGGGAAACAACAUACAAGGCUCCGUUGGGAGCCAAAAGGCCCUUUUCCAAACCUGAUGUAUCUGAGUUCACGAAGAGGCCGAGGCUUGAGGACAGUGAUAGUGGAGAGGACCCAUUUGGGUUUGACAGCGAUGAGGAGUCGAAGGCAGUUACUUCUCACUGUGCGUCUGAGACAAAAAUUACAGAAGGGGAUGUAAUAAAGACAGCUGCGGUGCAAGCUAGAGGGACAGCUGCUACUGUGACAUCUGCACAAGGCUCUGCUAGUUCAACAGCCACUGUCUCAAGUAAGCAGGCUUCAGAAGAGAAGGAUGUUAAAACCAACCAGCAGCGGUACAAAAGUGCAUCAGAUGGCAACCAAAAACCUGCUUUCACUGCAUCUCUUUCAAACACAGUUCUUUCUGAUAAUCAGAACUUGUCAGCGUUUGAGAAGCCCAUUUCUGCCUCGCCUAAUUUAAACACCUCCCUUAAAUUGUCAACUGAUACACCAGGAGGAAGCAGAGACCUCCAAAAUCCUUCUUCUUCAGAUGGACAUUUGUCAGAGGAGAUAAAGAAUGCAGAACAGGAGCUUUCCACAGAGCCUCCACCAGAACGAGUAGACAACAUUCCCCCUUCGCCAUUUAUCCUAAGAGCCUCAAACUGCAAAAAAUACCAGCGGCCCGGCCGGCUUAACAAAACACUAUUUGAGCCUGCUGAAAACAGCAGCGACAGGCCCACUGACACAGCGAGUGCCCAAGAUAAAACCAACAGUGUCCUUUCUGCUAGUGCAAGUAGUACUGCUGCCAGUGCUAAAACAGCAGCCAAGCCUGCAGGCAGGGGUGGUGGGAGGGUGAGGGACUACACGGUUCUGCACCCUUCCUGUCUGUCAGUGUGCAAUGUCACUAUCCAGGACUCAAUGGAGCGGAGCAUGGAUGAACUGGUCACCCCAGCUGCCCCUGCUGACCUCGGAGUGGUAGGGCAGAUGAAGAAAAAGUCUGAUGCACAGCCACCCAAACCUACUAGGUUUAGACCCACCCAAACAAAGACGAAGAAGACGAAGGCGGAGACCAAGCUAGAAUUCUUUGGCUUUGAGGACAAAGAUGGGGAGGCUGAUGUGGAGGGUUCAGAGGGAGGGAUGGGAGGCAAGAGUAGCUACAAGAUCAAGUAUUUUGGCUUUGAUGACCUGAGUGAGAGUGACAGUGAUGAUGAUGACGAUAGCGCUCAGGCCAAAGAAAAGAAAGCCAAGAAGGCGGCGACAGCUUUAGUUGCUCUAAGCUCCAGUGUGGACAGUCCUCACACCAGUGACUCUCAGGACAGUCAGGCCAGCAGCAAUACAGAUAAUUUUGACUUCGCUGACGACUCCAGUCUUGGCUGCGCUGAGGGGCAGAAAGGGCGGCCAGGGAAACAAAGUGACAAAUCAAAGGACGCUGGCAGCGGAUUCAAAAAGAUUUUCAGUGGGCCCAAAAAGUCCCCUUCUAAAGCUGUGUACAACGCCCGCCACUGGAACCAACCGGAGCCCCAGGAGGUACCUGUGCCUCCACUUGCUCGAUCUCAGACUGCUCCGGCCACGGUAUCGAGCAGCAGCAAGGACAACCCUCAUAAAGAUGACGGCUUGUUCAAAGCCCCUCCACCCCCACCUAAAGUCAUUAAGACAGAGACCAUCCCCACGCAACUCAACCAGGAUAUUGUCACCACGCUAAAAUGCAGGAAAGCAGACAAAGAUCUGUACACAGUGGUACAUAAUGUCAAACACUUCAAUGAUGUGGUGGAGUUUGGAGAGAAUCAGGAGUUUACAGAUGACUUUGAGUACCUGGAGACAGGAUUGAAGAGCAGUCAGCCACUUAACACUAGAUGCCUUAGUAUAAUCAGCUUGGCCACACGGUGCGCCAUGCCCAGUUUCAGGAUGCACCUGCGAGCCAGAGGAAAAGUGGCCCAAGUAUUCAAAAUGCUCAGCGAUGCUCCACAACACCCGAACCUUGGUCUGUGCACGGCCUCCCUGAUGUACAUCCUGAGUCGGGAUCGUCUUAACAUGGAUCUGGACAGGGCCUGUCUGGAGCUGAUGAUCAAGCUGCUGGAAGGGGAGCAGGACUACUCGGGCAGCCAGGACCAACUCACUGCAAAGGAAAUGGCAAAGGUCAAAGAAAAGAUCAGGAGGCUGUGUGAGACUGUGCACAACAAGCACCUUGAUUUGGAAAACAUCACGACUGGCCACCUUGCCAUGGAGACUCUGCUCUCACUGACCUCCAAAAGGGCUGGGGAUUGGUUCAAAGAAGAGCUGCGGCUGCUGGGGGGCUUGGACCACAUAGUGGACAAAGUAAAAGAGUGUGUGCAGAACCUGAGCCAAGAAGAUGACAAGGAAAACCUUGUAGCGUCUUUAUGGGGAGCUGAGAGGUGUCUGAGAGUACUUGAAAGUGUGACAGUACAAAAUCCAGAAAACCAGGGUUACCUGAUUGCCUACAAGGACUCUCAGCUCAUCGUCUCCUCUGCCAGAGCUUUGCGGUACUGCGAGGAUAUGAUCCAGCGGUACAGCCGGGCAUUAAACAACAGCUCUCUUUCAUCGACGGACGGCGCAUUGCCCCACUGUAGCUUCAGCAACGUGGGGAAGGCGGUGGAGGACUGUAUGAGGGCUGUUAUUGGGGUGCUGCUUAACCUCACCCAUGACAAUGAGUGGGGAAGCACGAAGACGGGUGAACAGGACCAGCUAAUGUUGACAGCUCUCAACUCUGUACUUCGAGUCCCACGUUACAUCCCACAGGAGCAGCGCUUUGAUGUUCGAGUGUUGGGUCUGGGCCUGCUAAUUAACCUGGUGGAGUACAGCGCCAGAAACCUCCAUAGCCUGGUGGACAUGGAGUACAUCGUAGACAGCAGCUGCUUAGAGGACAGCCUCAUGCAGCCUGCUGACUCGGCGCAGUCGGAGACCCCAGCCGACUCGGCUGAGACUCAGGGAGACGGAGCCGACGAGCCUCCAGCCUCGGGAGCUUUGGCUGCCUUGGUGAAGCUGUUCCUUGAGAGGGAGCGUGCUGCCAUCCUUGCUGAAGCAAAGACUGAUGAUCUGAUCACUGAGGCCCCCAAGCCUGCGCUGGACCAAAGUGGCGAGUGGCAGGAGACGUCGGGGGAGAUCCAGUGGGUGGCAUCCGAAACCAACAACAGCCAACCCCAGGAAACAGAGAAGAAAGAGGAGGAGGAUGACGAGAUAGACCUGAAUAAAGCUCUGCAACAUGCAGGCAAGCAUAUGGAGGACAGCAUUGUUGCCUCCUACACCGCUCUGUUGCUGGGCUGCCUCUGCCAGGGCAAUCAGGUAAAUGUGACUACUGUGAGGGAGCAUCUACCUAAAGGGGAUUUCUCCAUAAUGACAGAAAUGUUAAAGAAGUUCUUGAGUUUCAUGAACCUCACUUGUGCAAUGGGAACCACGGGACAGAAGUCCAUCUCACGGGUCAUCGACUACCUGGAGCACUGUUAACACACACAGACCAGCCAGCUCCGACUCUCUGCACACUUUAAGGGAUUCCAGGCUACUUUGGUCCUCCCAGCCGACACAGCAGGAGCCACAAAGGGCCAUCGAAGCCACGCUCCCUUGACUUCCCGAUCACCCAAAGUUGUGAUCACGUAGAAAUCUCACAGAUGAAUGCAUACACUGAUAAAUGUGUGUGUGUGUGUGUGUGUGUGUGCGUGUGUGUAAACGCACAAAUAAGUCUCACUCCCUUUCUGGAGCACAGCCUCAACCAAAGCCCUGCUAGCUGGAAGACACGCAGACAUUUUCACUUCUCCUCAACGCCUCACUUCAAGUCAGAUCCAGUUUCAUCCACAGGGGAAUCAGGCAGAGAAUAGGCAAAGUAAUCCCGUGAGUUUCUCUGUAAUCCGUGAAAUGUCCGAUGAAAUGGACUCGAAGGAGACGUCCCCUGGAAAGGGUUGACAGCAGCCUGCUGAGACGAGACCGUCAGGUUUUCAUUUCUGGUGGCGCAUCCGUAGCGUCAACAUAUGAAUCAGAUUAUAUGGAUCAUUGCAUUUUAAUCUCCGUUUAUCCACACCCAGGCAGGGGCAAAAUUGAUCAGCAGAAAAAUCGAUCAUCUUCAUGGAUGCUAGAAUGAUGUCUGUAUGUAAACCAUUGUGAAUUUUAUUUUUGAAUGCAUACAUCCAUUUACCGACACAUUUGCAGUUGGACUGAAUGUUUAAGAGGAUUUUUAAGCUCCUUAUGUUUUUCUUGUGACAAUUAAUUCCCUUUUUAGCUUUCUUUAUGCUUUUAGAUUGUUCUUUAUUCUUUGAGGGCAUUUUCCCCAAAAUUAAGAGUUACUGUUGAAGAAAUCAGGACACAUCUACGAUGUUAGGAUGUCCUUUAUGUGACUGAUAAUGGCACUUGGAAAUUAACUACUAUCAUGAAACUUUUAUUUCCUUGUCACCCAUAUUCAGUUUGGUCAUAUUUUAGUUUUAGGUUAUUUAAAUUUCAAUUAAUUCAACAGUGUGUAAUUACUAUUUGCAUUUUAAACUCACAAGUAUAGCACAUAUGAUGAAUUACUACAGAUAAUGGUUGUGCUUCAUUUUACAUUGUAAUGAAAUAAUUUUAAAAAAUGUAUUUAAUUUAAUUCUUUCUCCUCCUAUUGUGUAAAUGCAAAGUCUGUACCCAGUGAGAUGCUAUCAUGUUUGAAUAUAAUCGACCCCAUUAGACAUAGCUUCAUGGCUGGACGUAGACGUGGAGUGAGUUUGAUAAAUUAGAGUUUUGGCUUAAAAAUGCACACAAUUUCUUCAAACCAGACUCUGUACGAUAGGAAUCAGUACUUUUGUGUAGUAGCUGAUGUGAGGGAGGGGAACCGUACGUCCAGCAACAUGCAACUUCAUGUUUUUCAUUUCAUGAUGUUUGUGGUUCACAACCUACGUAAAGUUCCCACCUAUUUAUUCUGCUGUGGCGUCAUUUUACCUGAUUAUGCACCUGAACCUCUGAAAAGCCUCCGUCGUGUACUGCUCAAUUGUAUCACUGAACUAAGUGACAGCCAUACCUGUAUAAAUAUCAGUUUUCUGUGGUUCGUAGGGCUGCAGUGGGCAUAACUGCAACCGUUUACCGGUAAUUUACUUUGCAAAGUUCUGGUCUAAAUGGAAUUUUAGAAUGUAAAUACUUCUCUGUACAUAGGCUAUAAUGGACAUUUGAAACACGCAGACUGCUUUUUUUCCAUCUUGAUGCUGAUAUUAUUUUCUACUAUUUCUGAGUUGUUUGGAAAAAUCUAAAAUUGCAGGAAGAGAAAAAAAAUUGUUUGUACCCGUUUCAAGGACAUUAUCGCUGGUUACCUGUAAAUAGUUGUAUCUGAAACUGAAAAAAAUUGAUACUUUCUGUACAA